UAGCAUCGGGCGUAGUCACAGAGAGAGAAUUGAUCCAGGACAGUUUGUAUUUGUAACUCUAGACAAUUGUGCGACACAAUGCAAGUAGCUGGCUAUCCUAGACGUAUUUGAAACGUACUCGAACCUCCACUGGGGAAUAAGAAGCUCCCAGUGUGCCACGCGCCAGAGUCGCGCGGUCCUAUCGUCUGCCGCGAUACAACCAUAACCUGCUCACAUCCGCCAGAAAGGUGCAGCGGUUCCUCUCUCCCCUCGCGCACGUUUUACAUUACAGUACCUGGAUCAGCACAGGAUAUAGUAAUGGAGAGGUCUUCCAAAUCGAAGCGAGCCCCCAUACAAGCUGAGAAAUGUACGGACCGUGCGUCUGCUCCCACUCCUGUACCUGCGAAUGGUGCUUAUUCCGCUCCUACUACUAGCUCCGACCGGCCGCAGGCUAGCACGGAAAUUCCGCGUGUCGGCAGAGAGGAGGCUUCACCUUCAUCUGCCUAUAUGUACAUGGGAUGGAUGACAUCACGCAGGGUUGGUACGAUAGCUAUGCUCAUGGCAUCACUGCUAUUGCUUGUGAUUGCAGUGCAACACGCCUACCUGUCGGAAUCACGGAGUGAGUGCAAACGCCUCGAAAACGAAAACCAGCAUCUGAGGAGGUCUAUAGAGAGAAGAAAUGCAAACUGGACGGAAGAUCGAAAUAGAAUCGAUCAAGAAUUCAUGGAGAUAGCACACGCGUAUGCUACCAACAUAGCCGUCCUUCACGAAUGGAGUAAUGAGUCUCUUGAUUUGAUUCGUCGCGGGACAGAAGCUAGCAGUAAGCUAAUUGCGCAGCUGAUUGUUUUGGAGAGAUGUAAAGACCAAGCUGUGCGUUUCUUGAAAAGUCGAAACUACCAGUUUCCAGAAGAGUCAGCCGUAAAGGUGUGGGCGUCCAAGCUUCCUUUGGGCCACGAUAUUCCUCAACACUUCAUCUCUUUACUACAGUAUGAGGAUGUUAGCCGUACAUACGACAUUUGCAAAAUACCGGUAGGCAGAAGUCAUCUGUCUUCGUUUCUAUUGUUCAUUUCUCGCCUGGUGGAUCGCUUUUGGCAGGACCCGUUUGAGGAUGGACGAUUCCCAUGGAUUGGGUUUAUCAUCUCAUUGCUCUACCACAUGUGUUUUUUUGCAUUUGCGAUUAUCACGUGUAUGUUGUGGGACAUUGUGAUUUACCAAGGCCAGGUGAAUGUCAAAACAUCUGAAGGAUAUAUCAUAAACUCAACAUCAUUUCGUCUUAACUUCCUCUGGACGGUGUUUGUGAUUGCAUUUAUCGUUUCCAUAUUUCCAAUAUAUGCUAGCGUUUUGCUGAAACUGAUGGGAGAAUUUUUCUUCAUAGCUCAACUAGUAAUCCUCUUAUACUUUGGUAGUAGGUCCAAAAGCCAUAAAGCCAAGUAUGCCUGUCGAUUGCUGAAAAUGCCAAAUGUCUAUGAAGCGAACAGGGCAUGCAACUUUUGGCAGACAGCGCAUUAUUUUCGCAUUCGCGCCAACCGCCGCUAUCUUCAGCGCUUUCAACUCCGCUCAGUGAGAGCAGGAGAAAAUGCCCAGUAAUACAUACAUCUUCAAAUACUUUAUCCAUAUCUUUCAAUCGAUUUCCCCAUUUCCCAUUAGUUUUAUGCAGUCAUUGUAUUCCAAUCGUCUUAUAAUCCUUGUUUAGUUUGAAUUCUUUAUUCUCACGAUGGCACCAUCGCCAAUAAGAGAUAGUUGAUCUUGA